AUUCUCAGUAAGCAUUAUUAGAGAGCGGUAUGCUUAACUAACACAUUGCUUGGCUGGAAAUGAAAGCCGGGCUGGUGCAGGUUCGGAGGCGGUUAAAUUAUUUUGCAGUCGCGGAAUCUGGAGAGUCAGGAAAUGGAUGCCUCAGACACACACAUACACACACACACACACACUCUCUCUCUCUCUCUCUCUCUCUCUCUCUCUCUCUCUCUUACUACGGAGCACCUUUCUUUCUUACCCUCUCUUUUGUACGGAGGUGGAGACUUCAGUCUCACUGACUGGUACGGAGUACUAUAGUUAGGGACGGACCA